GCAGGGAUAUCUUACAGUGAAAGACGACAGUGACAGUGAAAGAGAAGCAGGCAAGAGAGAAACAUUGACUGGAUCCAUAAUCAAAGGACUAGCUUUUUACCUGGAACAUGAAGCUCAAGUCACUCUUCUCUCCGGUGAUGACUCUCCUGUGUUUGUUGAGCCUGCUGAUGUGGUACUUACUGGAAAGUGAUGUGGACCAGCACUUACCAGCCCCUCAGAGGAGAAGAGCCUCCAAGACCUUUGACCUCUGCAAAGAAUGCAAUAAUACGAUCAUAAAAGUAAUGCAGAAUUACUCCCAAGCCUGGAAGAAGCAGGAGGACAAUUUUAAAAAGUUCAGAUCUCAGCUGAGCAACAGCUGCAGUGGUUUUGACAAAGCCAUCCUUAACCAGGCCAACACUGUAGUGGAACCAGAGCUCGUUGAUAAGAGAAAGUGCAGCUUCCAGGUGUCUCAGGAGGUUUUUAACACCUUUACAAAGGAGCAUCCUUUCUCAAAUAAAACAUGGGACACGUGUUCUGUUGUUGGGAACGGAGGAAUCCUGACUGACAGCAGCUGUGGAGAAAGAAUUGAUUCAGCUCAGUUUGUCAUGAGGUGCAACCUUCCUCCUUUGGGAGAUGGUUAUGAGAAGCAUGUCGGUGUCAAAACGGACCUUGUGACAGCGAACCCAAGCAUCCUCAAGGAGAAGUAUGAGUCUCUGAUGAAGCGUCGUCAUCCGUUUGUGGAAAGUCUGCAUAUUUACGACAACUCCUUGCUAGUCUUUCCCUUCUCUCGUGGAAACACUCCUGUAUGUCUGCGGGCCAUCUACAGUGUUGAGGACUUUGGAAGCCCCAUUAGGCCCGUCUUCCUUAACCCUGAGUACCAGAUAAGACUGGCUGCCUUCUGGAGUGUACAAGGCUUGGGAUCAGCAUGGAUGAGCACCGGGCUAAUUAUGACUAGCAUAGCUUUGGAGGUCUGUGAAAAUGUGCAUCUGUAUGGGUUUUGGCCCUUCGAUAAUCACCCUUAUGGACUCUACGACCUGACGAAUCACUACUAUGAUGACAGAAAAACUAAAAGUGUCCACGCCAUGCCCAAGGAGUUUGGGCUCCUGAUGCAGCUGCACAGACAGGGGGUGCUCAAGCUUCAUCUGGGAGAUUGUCAACGGUUAUGACUAUGAGUCAUAAUUGUAUAUAAGUGUUAUUAUGUUGGUCUGCUUUGUGUUCGGUGUUUCGUUUGUGCAUCUGUCUUUGUGCUGUGUUUCAGGUGCCCAGCCCUGAUUGGAGAAACCCGGAUGGUUGCUAAUGUUU